GCGACUCACUCGCGCCGAACACUGGGGAACUUUUGACGUGCAACCGAAAUAGCAGUUACAAGGCACCCACCACGCAACAAGCCUCCAUCCCCAAGCGACACCACAAUCUCAUAUGGAUAUCUCAACGUUGGCGGUGGUAAUGGCGCUCUUCGCCGUAACGGCGGUGAGCGCAGUCUGGUGGGUGCUGAACCGUCGCCACCAGCAGGGACUGUUCCGGAGACAUGGCAUCCCUGGACCCAGGCCCGAUCUUCUGGACGGCAACUGGGCUCAACUCAAGGAAGACCGGAUUGAGGUGAUGGAACACUGGAUCAAGGAGUACGGCAAGGUGUUCGGCUACUACGUCGGCGGAGUUCCCCACAUGGUUCUCACCGACGUGGAAAUGAUCAAGCAGUGCUUCGUCAGGAACGUGAGCACCUUCCACGACAGGCCUCCUUUACCCAUAUGCACCGGUCCUUUCGCAAGCUGCAUUAUUGCGCUUGAAGGUGACGAGUGGAAAAAAAUACGUGCGGUGCUGAACCCCUGCUUCAGCGCUUCCAAGAUGAAGCUGAUGACGCAGAUCAUGGGCUCGUGUGCUGAUGCCAUGAUCGAGGUGGUGGAGGAUCACGUCAAAAAAGGAGAGACGGUGGAGAUGUACCGUGUGUCGCAAGGUCUUUCCCUGGACGUCAUCGCCAAGUGUGCUUUUGCUUGGCAGGUGGAUUGCCAGAAGAAUCCUAACGACCCACUGUUGCUGAGCAUACGAAAAAUGUUCGUAGAAGCAGACGACGGCAUUCUUCGUCAUGCCAUUCGAUUUCCAAUUUUGUGCAAAAUAAUUACCAGCUUGAUUUCCUUCACGAGUUACAUCAAAACGUUGACGCGAAUCUUUGACAACGUCCGUCAGGUCAUUGAACUUCGCCGAAAAGGUCAAAGCCCCAGGACAACCGACAUGCUACAGAUGAUGCUCGACGCCCAGGCUGGCAUCCUGGACAACACCAACAACACGGGCGAAAGAAAAAAACUCAUGGAAGACCGUCAUCUUGUCGGCAAUUGCUUCAUCUUCUUGGCCGCAGGCUAUGAAACAACGGCUACGUCGCUCGCCUUCGUCAUCCACCUGCUGGCCAAGUAUCCUGAAGAGCAAGACCGAAUCUUGAAAGAACUUAACAAAGUGUUCCCGGAAAAAGACCAGGAUCUGACAUACGACGGCGUCCAAGAGCUCAAGCGUCUCGACAUGGUCAUUUGCGAAAGUCUGCGCCUGUACCCUCCUGUCGUCCUCUUCGUCAGCAGACAUUGUCGACAGGACACCACAAUCAUGGGACAGUUCAUUCCGGCUGAAGCAAAUAUCAUGGUUCCUACAUGGCACAUUCACCACGACCCUGAACACUGGUCAGAGCCUUUCAAGUUUGAUCCAGAGCGAUUCGCCGAAGGACUGAACGGCAGUCAAUCUGCAGCGUACUUGCCCUUUGGAUUAGGGCCCCGAGUGUGCAUCGGGAAGAGGUUCGCUCUGCUCGAAAUUAAGAUGGCACUGUGCAAAUUGAUUCGCAAGUACAGGAUCAGGCAAUGCAAGGAAACUCAGGACCCAGUGAAACUGGUAGUUCCCACCGCGGCAAUCAACCCGGAGAAAGGAAUCAGCGUUAAAUUUGAGCACAGGUAGCUCUCGUACACUCUUAGAAAAAAAAGGUUUAUAUAGUCCUCCCUAAAGAGGGAACGCUCUCGUAACCAUUCUUCCUUCAAAAAAGAAGAAACUGUUGUGCCUGAAAGCAAGGGAGCAAAGUUUCUUCGUCGCCUGCCUCUCAAUAUGGCGGCCCCGAGUCGAGCAAAUCUGGGUCAAUAAAGCUUAACGAGGAGGUACGUCUGUUCUAGGGGGCGAGAGGAGCAGAAAAUAAAAGCGUAACACGGG